AGCUUCCAAUUGGUUUAUUUGAACGCUCCGCCCACCUUUCAAUCCAAUGAAAUUUAAGAAUAGGAUAUUUGAAGGUUUCAUAAUUUAAGUUAAAUAGGCAUUGAAAAAAAAUAUUUUGACAUUAUUUAAAAAUUAAACGUAUUCAUAUUUUGACAAACCUGGUGUAAGCUUUCAAUUAUUUGUGACGAAAACUGCUGUUGCGAACUUUAAAUAUAAGUUUGAGUUACUGUUUUACUGCGAACUGUACUAAAAUACAUAAGAAUAUAUUUCAUUUUCGUCGAACUUUGUGUGAAACCCGUGAAUUUCGUGCAAUAGAAGCACAAUGUGGCAGCAACGUGCGAGCUUUGAACAGGCUAACGUAUUGGACGUUACUAUACAGUGUCAAUUUAACGUUGCCACAAAAAACGUCAGGGAAUAUUCGACGAUGUACACAACACCGCAUGCCCAGCAGACGCCACCAAACGCUUAUCCUGCCACGUGCGUGAGGAGAGCAUAUACUUCUGGACCUAUGAGUCAGUGUCGUAUGGAUAAUAUUACACCUACAAAACCAAAUUAUCAGUGUGAAUACCAGGCACAACAACGUUACUUUGGUGAUUCUGUGCCGUUUGAAAAUUCAUGUGGAUCAUUAAAUGAACAAGGGUUACCUAGUGCGUAUUCUACGCCAAUUGGAUUUAACAAUAGUGCACCCGGAUAUUACUCUUCAUGCAUGAACGAUUCUGGUUACGGUAGUCCGCUCGUGCAACUUGGUCACGAAAAAAACUCUGCGUUUACGCCAUGUGUUGAACUUUCGAGACAAAGUGAGUCGGGUUCACCUGUGUUUGAAAAUGUUAAACAUUCUUCUGUUCAUACACACGCGUUUCAGAGUGACACAAAUUCACCCGUGCAGCAGUUAAAUCCCGUGGAGGAAACGUGUGAAAUGAAAAUAGCAAUGCGCGAAAGAGAUGUUAUGCAACGCUUAUUCUCUCUCAGAAACAUUGACAGUAAAGCGGCUGAUGACAUUGAGCAGUAUUAUCAGUCGCAGACGACAAUGAUAGAUCUGGAACGCCACAACGUGUUGUGUCAGAUGGCCUACGACAAAGGUAGCUCGGACUCUAUCCACAAAUAUUACAAUCUAAAACUCUUGUCCCUUCUUGAAUGUGUUGAGGGAAAACUAUCCGCGUGUGAAUCCAAAAAGUGUAAAGGAUCUAAGUGUAAAAUAAACAGUGACAGAAAAUCUCGUCUGCUUCCAAAACACGCGGUAAAAGUGAUGCAAUCUUGGUACGAUGAGAACUUGGAAAAUCCCUACCCUUCAAGGGAAGUAACUCUGUCUAUGGCUUCUGAAGGGGGAGUAAGUGUUGAACAGAUUAGAAAGUGGUUCGCCAACAAACGCAAUAGGUCUAGGAACAAUAAACUAAAAGCGUGUGACAUGGAUUCGCAUUAAAUGGACAAUGCCCCCCUACACCCCUUUUUCCCUAACCCUGAAAAAAAAACUAAGAGAGAAAAAUAGUGCAGUGUAAUAAACUUGGAUUAUAAAAGUGUUUUUGAUUAUAUUUUUAAAGAAUUUUGAAAAGUGAUUCAAUGUAACGUGUUACAGAUUAUGUUAAACUUUAAUAUAUCUUUUUAUCACUCCAGGUAUUACAUGUAUUUUUAUUUUAUUGAUGGCUGAUUUGAUAAAAGAAAUAAAUUUAAUGACAUUUCAGUACAGAAUUUGCACUUGUCAUUUUAAUUCAUUUGAUUAAUUUUAACUUAAGUAUUUGUUUAAGAAUAUCAUAUUUUUGUCUUGUCUCCUCAAUCAUCUUUUUCUAUUAUAACACUUUGAUAAUACCAUUCUUAUUGUAAAAUUGUGCCAACAAGUUAAUCUUUAUUUA